AUGCUGCUGCUAGUGGUCGGCUCGGCGCACGGCUUUUCGGUCGCAGGCCCAUCGGCUUCGACUCGGCAUCGACGCCUGCGCUCGCCGCUCCUCUCCGCUCCGGCCUCGCAGCUUUGCACCGCAGAGGAAACGGUGGACGGCACGCAGCCGCUUGCGAGAAUUUCGGUGUGCCAGUACGACCACCUGCACUUUUUCGUCGACAAGCUGCAGCCACUCUCGCACUACAAAGCCAUCGAGGACCGGCUGAAUGAGUUUGCAAAAGUCAACGCGACCGGCUCCGCCGAUGACGUGGGCGCCGCACGCGAGGCGUGGCUCGCGUUGGGCCCAUCCGCGGACCCGGCGGCGUUCCAGGUGCACGGCCGCGACCUGGUGGAGCAGAUGCUGUAUGCCUUUGGCUGGCGCAUCACCGCACAGCACGAGGGCCGCGAGACGCGCUCGCUCCUCCUCUCGACAGUCGACCCGCACGGCGCGCGGUUCGUCGUGACGUGCCGCAGCGAGGCUGGCGGCGCCGGCACAGGGCCUUCGCCCGCAUGCGCCGCGGAGCCGGACCACUUUGCCCGUUCGCACCUCGAGAGGCACAUGUCGUCGCACGGCGGCGCGCAGGGGGUCGGCGUGCUCGGCUUCGAGGUGGAGCGGGGCGAGCUGGAGGCUGUGGUCGGGCGGUACGAGGCGCUGCACCCGAAGCUGGUCGCCGGCCCGCCCCUCCUCCACCCGGACGGCACGCGCGUCUUCGAGGCCUUCGCCCUCGUCGCCGGGCGAGCCCUCGCCCAGACGGCCCCUUCCCUGACCCUUCUCGGACCCUUCCCGCAGGCCUUCGCCUACUACCAAGGUGAGCCCGGCUCGGAGCCCGACGUCGGCACACGGCUCCGAUUUGUGGAGCGGCCAAGCGAGGCGGAGGGGGCGGCGGAGGGGGCGGCGGAGGGCGGGGAGGGCGGGGCGGGCGGGGCGGGCGGGGCGGCUCUCCCGCUGCCCGGGCUCGAGCCGGUCGACUUCAACGCGGGCGUGGUCGCGGCGGGCGAGGCCCAGAUCGAGUCCACCGUCACGGGCAACACCUCGCCCCUCCUCACCGCCGACCCGCAGGCGGUGCUCACCGACCGCGCCCAAGUCUUUCUGCCGACCAACAACGCGCUGAGCCCGGUGGGGCACGUGCACUGGUACCUCGAGGAGAUCGGGCAGGGCGUGCAGCACGUCGCGUCGCGCGUCGCCUCGCUGCCCGCCUACGUGCAGCGCGCCAACCGGAUGCGCGCCGUCACCGGCGAGGGAGUCACCUUCCUCAACAUCCCGCGCACGUACUACGGGCUGCUCGAGCCGGAGUCGCUCGUGAGCGUCGACACGGAGCUGCGGCGCGACGGCUGCCCCUCCGGCCUCGCCGAGCCGCUCGCGCUUGAGCUCGUCGCCGCGUUGCGCGCCGCAGGCCCUCCUCGCGCCACGCAUGUGGGGCGAGCUGCAGGGGGCACUGUCCGUGACACGUCCACGCCCGUGCCCCGCACAGGCCUCCUCGACGCUGCGGGCGCGCUCAGCCUCGACGCCGACGCGGCGGCCAUCGACGCGGCGCUUGGCGGCGUGGUUGGCUACCGUGACGCACCGGCGGCGACGCGGGAGAUGGUUGGGCGAGUGGUGUGCCGCAGCGUGUACGUCAACCUGUGGAAGCUGCUCGGGCCUCAGCUCUCCGAGGCGACCUACCUGAGCAUCGUGCGCAACCAGAUUCUGAUCGACGUGCAGGGCGAGGACGUGCUGCUGCAGAUCUUCACGAGCGUGGUGCUGCAGCGAGAGCCCGGCACCGAGGCGCCCUUCCUCGAGUUCAUACAGCGCGUCUGCGCAGAGUGCCGCGGCGCGGGCGGCGCGCCCCAGCCGAUCCGCCCCGGCUGCGGCGGCUUCGGGAUCCGCAACUUUUUGACCCUCUUCCUCUCGAUCGAGGUGAGCAAGGCGAUGCUCGACAGCGAGCGGGCGGCCGAGCAGGGGCGCGACGCGGAGGCGGCCUUCCACCAGCGGCGCGUGAGGCUCUUCACCGACCAGCUCGUCGAGGCCAACCCGGUCCUCACAGAGAUCUCCGACUGCAUGACGGCCGAGGGGAGGGCCCUCGACGCGGGCGAUGCGGACGCGGCGGCGGAGUGGGGGCGGCGCAAGGACAGAGCAAACCUCGCGCUGGCCGAGUGCUCGCAAAAGUACAAUCGGCUGAUGGGCGAGUUGCGAGAGGAGGGGUGGGGCGACUCCGACAGCGCGGCGUAG